AUCCAGGUCGACGCGGCGGAGUCGACUCCUUCGCUUAGCAGUCGGUGCGAAGCCUCCCUUCGCAAUCAGUCAGUCGAUGGCGGGUUGGUCUGGUCGCAGUGAGGUGAUGCGAGGUCGCCUCCUUCGCAGUCAGUUGGUGCGAAGCCUCCCUUCGCUUCGCUUAGCAGUCGAUGGCGGAGCCUCCUUCGCAGUCAGUCGAUGCGGAGUUGCCUCCUUAGUGGUCAGUCGGUGCAAACCUCCCUCUCAGCCGAAUGCCUUGAACAUCCUCGACCUCGGCGCCUCUACCUUUCCGUCAACCUCGGCGCCCCCGUCUUUCCUAGCCCCUCUCGACGACGACUUCAUGGACGAGCGUCAGAUGCUUCAUCGACGAGCCGUGUCGUCUCCUCUCGGACGACGGCGAGUCGAGGCUGUUCUUCUCAGCGCGCAGGACCCUGCUUCACAGCGCGCAGGACCCUGCUUCAUAGCGCGCAGGGCCCUACUUCAUAGCGCGCCGGACCCUGCUUCCCGACGCGCAGAAUCCUGCUUCAUAGCGCGCAGGAUCCUGCUUCACAGCGCGCAGGAUCGCCGAGGAAGAGCAUCACCCCCUUCCUUCGUCCCCGCCUCCGUCGUUCGCUUCCGUCGUCCUCGCCUCCGUCGUUCCCUUCCGUCUUCCCCGCUCCGCUCCCCCCCUUCCCCUCACCUCACACUCCCUUCCCUCCCGUCAUCCGCUUCGCCCUUCCCCUCCCUCACGCCAUGAUCAUGGCGCCCUUCCCCCCUCCUCCCAUCCACACGGCGGUGUGCUCCUCUUUGGCGACCGACGAGCUCAAGCUCCUCCCCCUCCCCCUCCUCUUUCCCCUCUCCCUUCCCUCCUGUCCUCUCCCUCCCCUCCUGUCCUCGCUUACCCCUCCUGUCC